AUGUCCUCCUCCUCCCCCUCUUUACCCAAAGGGACAAUAACAGCAGCUACAACAUUCUCUCUAGUCUCUUUUCUGGCUUUACUCAUAGGUGUUCCUCUACUUAUUAAUGAUUUAAAUGAACUUGAAAAUUUAAUGGCACAUCAAAAACAAAUUUAUAUGGAUAUGAGAGAUAAUAUGUGGAAAGAAGUUAUGAAUCAGAAGGAAACUGUACGUAAACAACGUUCUGCUGAUUAUGAACAAAUACGAAUUCGUCGACAAUAUGAUUCUGCCGUAAAGGGAGGGUCGUCUCAAUCUAGCCAAUGCCCAGCAGGUCCUAAAGGUCCACCCGGAUUUAAAGGCCAGCCUGGAUUGGAUGGUGAACCUGGAGCCGCAGGUUUGCCCGGAGGCGGUGCUGGUGCAGGUGGUGCUGGUGCUGAAGGAGGGUAUGGACAAGCUGCACCAGUUGCCCAAACUUGUGGGAAAUGCCCAGCGGGCCCACCAGGCCUUCCUGGAUAUAAAGGCAAACGUGGACCUCGUGGAGAAAAGGGAGCAAGAGGAACGCCUGGGUCACCUGGACGAGAUGGCCAUCCUGGCGAUGAGGGACCCGAAGGAGAAAUUGGACUACAUGGAGAUAUUGGAGACUCGGGUCCUAAAGGUCCUCCUGGAGAAGAUGGAAUUGGCUACUCAAAAGGAGCACCCGGUCCAAAAGGCGAGCCUGGAGUGCCUGGAAUGGUUGGAGAUGAAGGACCUCCAGGAGAUAGAGGAGAUGAUGCACCGCCUGGUCCUCAAGGCGAAAUUGGACCAGCAGGAUCGCCUGGUGAGGGAGGCAAAGAUGGGCAUCCUGGAACAAACGGAAAUGGAGGGUCGCCAGGUGCUGAUGCUGAAUAUUGCCCUUGUCCUGCACGUUCAAACGGUCAAAGUCCGGGAAAGGGGCAAUAUGACACCCAACCAGCUCCACAAAGCGCAGGAGCAACCGUUGCCGCUCCAGCUCAGUCCCCGGCACAAACUGUAUCUUCUUAUUCAAACACGCGUCGCCUCGCGACAUAUAGCAAACUUGCUCAUGCUGCUGCUUUGCGCCGAAGACAUCUUCAAUGA